GUAUGACCUGAAGGACACCAGUAAGAUAACCCUGGUAGAUCUACAGUUUAUGGCAGCCAUGGGACCACCAGGUGGAGCCAGAAGUUCUGUGACACUACGUUUUACUCGUCACUUCUCUGUUGUUUCCAUGAAUCCAUUCAGUGACGAGACAUUGCUGAAGAUAUUUAACACUAUUGUUGCCACAUAUAUGAAGAUGGAAGAAUACAACAUGGAGUACAUGGGCCUGGGUCUCAGUUUUGUGCUGGGCACCAUGGAAGUCUAUAAAGGAGCCAUGGCUAACCUACUGCCCACUCCCAACAAGUCACAUUACGUCUUUAACCUCAGGGACUUCUCCCGUGUCAUUUUGGGAGUAUGUUUGAUCAAACGCAAUGAUGUCAUUGAUAAAACAACAUUUAUACGACUGUGGGUGCAUGAGGUAUUCCGAGUUUUCUAUGAUCGGCUCACAGAUGAUGCUGAUCGCACUUGGCUUUUCAGCAUGGUUACCAAGUUUGUUGUCAACAAUGUGAAGUUUAAACUAGAUCAAGUGUUUGGUAAACUGACACAGCCAGAGGACAAUGGCAGG